AGCAUUAUGUUAGUUUGAUUUUUCUCUAUUUAUUCAAAUCAACAUUUUUCUGGGGUGGACUUGACCUUUAAGUUAAGCUAAGCUAAGACAAGACAAGGGGCAGAAAGAGAGAGGAGAGAGAGAAAAGGGGCGGGGUUUGAGAGAGAGAAAACAGACACAACAAUCUUGCACGGGGAGGGAGCUGAGUUACACGGUCCACGGACUGCAUCGCCUAUGACAGUCAAAUCUCUCGCCUCCAAGGCCAGGGGUUAGCACAAUACGCGAGGGCCAUCCGAAAAAAUGGCUGAGAAGAACGUUGCAGUGCAGCUUGCGAAUGGUCAUUCCAUACCAAUUUUGGGACUGGGAACGUGGAAGUCUAAACCAGAUGAAGUUCGCAAAGCUGUUAUAGAAGCCUUGGAGGCAGGCUAUCGUCACAUAGAUGGUGCUGCAGCAUAUGGAAAUGAAGAAGAAGUUGGUGCUGGUCUGAAGGAGAAAUUUAGUGAUGGAACUGUCAAGAGGGAGGAUGUGUUUGUCACAACAAAGUUGUGGAAUGUCGAUCACCGCCCUGAAGAUGUGGAAGCAGCAUGCAGAAAGUCAUUAGAGAAGCUUGGUUUAAGCUAUGUUGAUCUCUACCUUAUGCAUUGGCCUUUUGCAUUCCAGACUGGGAAAGGGAUGGCGCCUAAAGGUCCUGAUGGUAUGAUACUUGCUGAUGAUGAUAUAGACUUUGUUGACACCUGGAAGGCCAUGGAGGAUUUGGUAGAAAAGGGAUUGACAAGAGCUAUUGGUGUGUCCAAUUUCAACAAAAGCCAGCUUCAAAGAAUCCUAGAUCUACCACCAAAGCAAAAGAUAUGCAAUCUACAGAUUGAAAUAACACCAUACCUCCCAGGGAAUGACAUCAAAGAGUUCUGUAAAGCUAAUGGUAUAUCUUUAACGGCCUACAGUCCUCUGGGUUCGCCUGAUCGUCCACUGCAAGCUGGCACUGACCCAGUUCUCCUUGAAGACCCAGUCAUCAACGAGAUUGCAAAGGCCAAAGGUCGAUCUCCUGCCCAGAUAGCUAUCAGAUAUCAAAUAGACAGGGGCAUUGUGGUCAUUCCUAAAAGUGUUACUCCAUCCAGGAUCAGAGAAAACUUCCAGGUUCUUGACUUUGAAUUGACAAGUGAUGAGGUUCAACGCAUACAGACACUUGACAGGAACUUCCAUUAUAUUACUUUCCCAGCAUCCAAGAAUGCUAAGUAUUACCCAUUUUGAUGACCCCGCUCACUGGAUCCAGCAGUGUCACUAAAUGAAAUUCUUCUUCUGUGUGAUCAUGGAGUUAUGUGAUUCUAUCAUAUAUAUUUUGUUAUCUUUUCAUGAGGUAGCCCAGUCGAAAAGGUGCCACUUUGUUAUUUGAAGUUCCAUUUCUAAAUCAAAAACCAAGCCAAGUGGGGGGGGGGGGGGGUAUUGACCUGUCCCCCCACAAAGGUUGUGAGUUUUGCAGAACUUGGCAAUAUCAUGACGCAUAAUUAGACAAGUUUCUUGCAAGUAUUGCACAUCUUUUGGUACCAAGUUUGUGAAAAUAAGACAUGGCAUAAUUAUGGCACAAUUUAUAAUUACCUGUAAGUUAAAAAAAAUAUUGAGUUCCAAGAAAUGGCAAAUACGAAGUUCAUAAAUUGCUACAAAAAUGCUGCUUAUUUCAUACCUUAGGCCAUUUGAAUCCUAUUCUCUCAUAUGAAAUUGAUCAAAAUUAAAUUAUGUGCAGGGGAUCAAAUUGAUAACCCUGCCCCCUGGUACUAUAGUGUUAAUUAUCGCUAGAAAAAUAUUUUCACUUUCAUAUAUUGCUAUAUUAUUAUUUACAUUUUAUAGUUUGUUUGAUAAACUGUUUUUACAGGUUUCUUUUAUCAUUUGUUUUGAUAAUUGAUAUUAAAAAAAAGACCUAUGAAACACCCCCCAAAAGGAAAUUGCUACACUCUUUUCAAUCUCGUCUGGGCACCCAGAUUAAAUGUUAGAACAUUUGAUGUUAAGAAAUAAGAACCUAUCUCUUGGCAACUGUUCCUCAAAGAAAAGGAGCACAAUCCGCACAAGACAGCUGGUGUGCUAUACCCUCACUUUUUAUUUUCAAUAUAACCAUAGAGCUAUAGGAUACUCCUGGUGGGUGUUUCAUAAAGCUGUUCGUAAGAUAUCGUACUGAGAUAUCUUGUACUUAUAUUCUUUUUUCUUUCUUUCUUAGCACUUUGAAACUUUCGUAUAAAGCGCUAUAUAAAUUUUGUAUAUUAUUAUUAUUAAGAUAAGAGCGACUAUAAGAAUGACUAUGAUCCUUUCUUUUGGUUAAUGGUAUACACCAUUGGCGAUGGUUUAGCGCGUACGAAAAGUUCACAAAUCAUUCUUAAAGUCACUCUUAACUUACGAACAGCUUCAUGAAACGGCCCGCUGGAUGUAUGUUUGAAGCGUUAAGUGCCUUUAUAAGCACAAAAGUCAUAAUUAUCAUUCAUAUUUGUAAAUUCACAUGCUGAUAUUUGAAUUUGCUUGACCUACCUCUGUCAUGUGUUGUGUCAUCAGCAAUUUAUGUUUAUAACUUGGUAAAACCAAAGAAACUCAUUAAAAAGUUAUCUGGAGAUGCAAUUCCUUGGAGGAGAAUAAAUCUAUAAUUGUAAUUUAAAGGUUUGUGUAUUCAUUAUGCAUUGUCAAGGCUGAGAGCUGACAUACUUAAAGUAUGAAUUAAAAAAUAAAUAAUUAUGCUCUUGAAAUGAUAUUUUACAUUUUGUUUGUACAGUACAUGUCUGUUAGUGUUACAUUGCAGAUCUCUAGAAAUGUAAUUUCUUUUCCCAUUCUUUAACAGUUUUAUUAUAUUUUAAAUGGAGAAAUUAUUCUUCCAAAGCAUGAGUUUAUUGAGUUUUCAUGUAAUAACAUACAGAGGAUUCAAGAAGAGAAUGUCACAUUACAAAGAACCAUGAAGAAGUCUGUCAAAAAAGGAGGAAUCAAACAGCAAUUUUAUCCUAGAUUCAGAUCAAAUGAUAUAUUCAAUUUUAUGUCCUCUCUUGAGAGAUGAUCACCAUUUUUUCUCUAAUUUUUGACAGAGAUUUAACCAGCAAUUUUUGUCAAGUGGCAAUACAAUGAACUCUGUUUUUUUAAUCAUCUGUACAUUACAGAGAAAAAAAAAACUCUGUUAGAAAUUAAAGAUCAUGAAAAUAGACCUUAGAACUUUUUCAUGAAUGUUCUCUUGAAAGUUGUACCCCAUUGACAAUUACCAGUGGGUAGUGGCUAGUGAAAGAAGAAAAAACCUUUCUCUGUAACCCGACCGAUGCUAGCAAAUCCCACCCAAAUUAUGCAGACCAACCUCAAACUUUUGUACAUAUUUCAACAAGUAAAGUGGACAAAAAUUGGCAAACAUCCUCCUACCAUAAUCAGGACACUUACUUAAACAACCCCGAUCUCCAUAUAAGAAAAAAAAUGAAUGAGGAGCUCUUUUGUAGAGUACCGAAAUGAGACGUCAUCAAUUUUCCCUUUCUGCAUGUCGUCGUUUAGAUACUAUGAUGAAAAACCCCCACAACCCAAAUUUGGUGGGAAUCAGUCGAUGGGGGACCCAAGAUAUGACCUGAAUACAUAAUAAGCCCCACUGAAGUCAAUGUAUUCAUGAGGUCAUAUAUUGGGUACCCAUGGACCGAUUCCCAUCAAAUUUUAGUUGUGGGUUUUAUCAUGCGCUACCAAAAUAUGGUAUAAAAAACGCUGAAAUUAAUUUUUUUAUGUGACGUCAUCACUUCAGUACUCUAUAUCAUACCUAAAAAGAAUAAAAAUACUGGCUGAUCCUCACCCAAUCAAAACAAUGUCAGCUACCUCUGCAACCUUAGAGGGUGAACUGCUGACUACAAUAUGUAAAUUUCUUUUUUUUACCUAGGGAAACUAUUUUUCUCUUGUUUACUAUGAAAUUAAUUACUUUCUAUGGAUCCCAGUCUGCAUUUAUUAAGUGGAUGGUGGUUAACAGACUUAAGCCUGACUAAAUAUCGGACUUACAUUCCUGAUUGCAUGCAGAAUAUAACAUAUCACCAUAAUGGUCAUGUCAUGCUCUACCGCCUAUAAUGAAAGAGAUUAUGUGUUCUUUAUUUGUGCAUAACUUUAAGUCAGACUUAACCCUUUGUAAAACACCCACCAUAAAAGUUUUGCAGCGUUGUUUGCAUGUUUUCAAAAUGUCAAGAACCUUGAAAUAUAUGCAAUAAAUGUAAUUAUUUUAA